UACACAGCUGCACGGAUGAGACUGUGGUGACAGUAUCUGGGAGAUAUUGAACAUCACGCGGGCGCGAUUUCGGUCAUUCGAGAAUCUGAUCGUUGAGCGUUGGUUUUCGUCUGACCAUGUCAUACAAGUCUCAAGAUACUCCGCAUCCGAGAAUCUGACCAUAUUCUCAAAACCCAAGAAUCGUGAGUCCGCCCGUCAGAAAUUCUGCGCCUAAGACUUGUGCAAAUGAGUUUUUGUGCUCGCAGCACUGAACUGUGGGGAACUAGGCAUGUCACUUCAGAGGCUCUUCACCACGACGCGAGCACAUGUGUACGCGAGCUUGACAGCCGUGUCGAUUUCAACCUACGUCCAUGCCCGCCAGUAUCCUGAGUGUAUCGAACGCGUCUUUAUGUCGAAACCGCGCAAAUCCACCCUUGCCUCCUUCAUCGCCCCCCGAGUAUGAUCGGCCCACCAAUCGUGUUUCGGUUCUGCCUCUACGCAACACCUUUGGCACAUCAUACACCUUUUGCCGAAUGCAUCAUGCCCAUGUCAACC